AUGGCAGACAAUAACCCUCAGCCGUCAACUAGUGCCGUUUGUGACGCGCGCGCUUCAUCGUCAUCCGAGACUGAGGCUGUUUAUACCGACGGAGUAUACGAGCAUAGGAGGUUGCACGCGGAAGAAUUGAUAAAAAUGCCGAAUUGGACCAUGCUUUUUAAAAAGCUACAAACUCGGGAGCAAUGUGUGGAGUUCGCAGAAGAACAUGGCCUCCCUAAAAAUAAAAUGUGCCGCCAUCAUCGCAUCCCGAUGCGAAUUACAUAUGGCAAUUGUAAGAAUGUUGGCCAAUUUAUAUGCACUAAAGGCAACUGUCGGGCACGCUCGAAAGUUUCUCGAGCUAAGGACACGUGGUUCGAAAACGUGAAGUUAUCGAUGCUGCGUGUCUACUUUUUAAUGUACGCCUUUGCCCACCGAUGGUCAUAUGACAAUGUAAUAUUUGAAGAUCCGGAGAGAGAUACGGAAGGCUGCCUCUCAAUGGCAACAAUAGCCGACUGGUAUAGCUACUGUCGUGAGACAGUAGUUAUAUACCAGAUAAAUGUACAAAAAAAUAUAGGUAAAAUUGGUGGCCCUGGCAAGGUGGUCCAAAUCGAUGAAAGCAAAUUUGGAAAGAGAAAAUAUAACAAAGGACGACACAUUGAAGGCCAUUGGGUCCUUGGACUUAUUGAAGAUGGGAGUGAAGACCUUCGGCUAGAAGUUUGCCCGGAGAAUGUGCGCUCAGCAGAAGUGUUGGUGCCCCUGAUCCAGAAGCAUGUGAUUGAGGGGUCAAUUAUACAUACAGACUGCUGGCGUGCAUAUGAUUGUCUGGGUUCUUAUGGAUACAUCCAUAAAAAGGGGGGGGUUCACCACUACCCCCCCUCCCCCCCCCAAACCCCUCCCCCCCCUCCUCCGCGUGCGACCGUAAAC